ACAGAACGACGUAAUCCCACCAAACCAAUCAGAGUGUAUCUCAUACAUUAGCCCCGCCCAAACACGAUCGGCCAUGGCUGAGCUGAUCCGCACACUACAGAUAUGCUGCAAGAGAUCAAAGUUCAUGAUGAGUAUGCCCCUGUUGACCAAUCUCCUGACCCCUGGUCUCCGGGCCCUGCAUUGCACUGGGACUAGAAGUGCAUCUACAGGAACUCUUUCUUUAAAAGAUCCUCUCAACUACUGGUGUGGUAACCGAGUCAACCUCAAAGAUGUGAAAAAUAAAUCUGAUCCUGUAUAUGAGCCUGCAACAGGUCGUGUCCUGUGCCAGCUGCAGGCUUGUGGGGCAGCAGAGGUGGAUGCAGCUGUGAGAAGUGCCAGUGCUGCUUUCACCGACUGGAGUAGAUUGGCUGGCAUGGAAAGAGCUAGAGUCAUGCUAGAGGCAGCUAGAAUCAUUGAGAAGCGACGAGAAGAGAUUGCUGAGUUGGAGGUGAUUAAUAAUGGGAAGUCCAUCACAGAAGCCCGUCUGGAUGUGGACUCAGCCAGAUUAUGCAUUGAGUAUUUCGCAGGACAGGCUACCACCCUUUCAGGUCAGCAUGUUCAGUUAUCUGGAGGUUCGUUUGCCUACACACGUCGGGAACCACUCGGUGUGUGUGUAGGGAUAGGAGCCUGGAAUUACCCAUUCCAGAUUGCAGCCUGGAAAUCAGCCCCUGCCAUCGCCUGUGGUAACUCCAUGGUAUUCAAGCCAUCACCAUUGACCCCAGUCACUGCAGUGCUGCUGGCUGAGAUUUAUUCACAGGCUGGGGCUCCAGAGGGUCUGUUCAAUGUGGUUCAGGGUGGAGAAGAGACAGGAUCUCUGCUGUGUCAUCACCCGUCUGUGGCUAAAAUCUCCUUCACUGGAAGUGUGCCCACUGGCAAGAAAAUAAUGGAAAUGGCUUCAAGAGGGUUGAAACCAGUGACGCUGGAGCUUGGUGGAAAAUCUCCGUUAAUCAUCUUCGAGGAUAGUGACCUAGAAAACGCCAUCAGAGGAGCACUCAUGGCCAACUUCUUGUCUCAGGGCCAGGUAUGUAGUAAUGGCACCAGAGUUUUUGUGCAAAGCUCAAUUCUUCCUCAGUUCUUGAAAGAGGUGGUACGGCGAACUAAAGCCAUUCAGAUAGGAGACCCCCUGCUUGAUGAGACUCGUAUGGGGGCCCUGGUCAGUAAACCACACCUUGACAGGGUGCUAGGAUAUGUACACCAAGCUAAGAAAGAGGGAGCCAGUGUGCUCUGUGGAGGGGAGCCCUUUACCCCUGCUGAUCCUAAAUUAAAAGAUGGAUACUACAUGACACCUUGUGUGCUUGCCAAUUGCACAGAUGACAUGACGUGCGUGAAAGAGGAGAUAUUUGGACCUGUGAUGUCAGUAUUGUCCUUUGACAAUGAGGAGGAAGUUCUUUGGAGAGCCAAUGACAGCACACUGGGUCUGGCUGCAGGAGUCUUUACCAAAGAUGUUAAGAGAGCCCAUCGUGUUAUUGAGAACCUGCAAGCUGGAUCUUGCUUCAUAAACAACUACAAUAUCACCCCUGUGGAGGUGCCAUUUGGAGGGUACAAGGCUUCAGGUAUUGGAAGAGAAAAUGGCCAAGUGACCAUUGAAUUUUACUCCCAGUUAAAGACUGUGGUUGUGGAGAUGGGUGACGUGGACAGUCUUUUUUGAACAUGAGCAGGUGUACUAUAUGAUUGGACCUAACUGCGGGAUCUCAACCUUUAAUCAAGCAGUAUUAACCUUAAGAUUUAUGCAGUUCUUGAAUUUAAAAAAAAGUUAAUAUUCAUCACUAAAUAAUAUAUUUGCCCUGUUAAUAUAAUUUAUUGUCAAGUAAUGACAGUCUGUGAAUAUUUCACAAUAAAGUGCUUGU